GGAAGCUGGAGUAGAGCAUACAGGAAGUGGAUACGAGGACACACUUUUGUGAGGGCCGAAACUAACGCGCUGUAUCAAGCAUUGUAGCAAGACUCAACAGGCCCAGCGACGGAUAUAAUCUUAAUACGCGGAUAAACAGGGUUCGUGCAUCAGCUUUGAGAGGGAGGUUUUCUCGAGCUCUUAACAAGGCAGGCUCGCGGCCAUGUCUACAGUAGUGGAUCUGAAAACGAAGGAGGAGAAGGAUGCCGAGCUGGACAGGCGGAUCGAGGCACUUCGGAAGAAGAAUGAGGCUCUGGUCCGGCGAUACCAGGAAAUCGAGGAAGACAAAAAGAAGGCGGAGCAAGAGGGGAUUGCUGUGACAACAGCCCGCAAGCCACGCCCCCACGAUGCAGAGGUCGACCGCAGGAGGAUGGAGAAGGAGAACUUCACUGUCACCGUGGACCUCUCUAAACCGGCGGGGGAGAAGCGUGUCAUCAACGACAGGAAGCCAGCGACGCCCCGCGGCGGCAGAGGGACGGAGGAAGGCGAGGGCCCCAGGCCGCAGGGCGAGAGCCCGCCCAGGAGGGCCGGGUCGGGGCGGCUGAACAGGGCCAUGCCCCGCGGGGGGUCCAGGCAGGACCGGAGGGAGCCCCGUCACGACAGGGCGGAGCCUCGGCCAGACCGGCCUCUCUGGGACAGCGAGCCGGGGGAGGGGCCCGGCCGGAUCGAAAGGGCUCCCCGUGGCGGUCGGAGGGGGAGAGGAGGAGGCGGCGGUGGAGGAGGAGGAGGAGGAGGAGGCGGCGGUGGAGGAGGAGGAGGAGGAGGCGGAGGAGGUGGCGGCGGCGGAGGCGGAGGUGGAGGAAGCGCACCCCAGGGAGGCAUGGGCGACAGGAAGUCCAAGGAGUGGGAGGAGAAGAGGCGCCAGAACAUCGAGAAGAUGAACGAGGAGAUGGAGAAGAUUGCGGAGUACGAGAGGGGUCAAAGGGGAGACGGAGACAAGCACCCGAACCGCAACUUCCUGGACGACCCGCGGCGCUGCGGGCCCAUCCCAGACAUGGACCGCAAGGAGGGCAGCCGCCGGCACGUCCGCAACUGGGGCGGCGUGGACUUCGACAACGUGAAGACGGGACCGGAGAUGGAGAAGGAGUGGAUGCAGUCUCGGCGGCCGGGCUCCAGAGGCUCGAUGGACAUGACCCUGUCCAUGACGGGGCGGGAGCGGGCCGAGUACCUGCGCUGGAAGAAGGAGAGAGAGCAGAUCGACGAGGAGCGGCUGGCCCGCCACCGCAACGCCACCGGCCAGUGGAGGCGCGAGUGGGACGCCCAGAAAACCGAAACCAUGUUCAAGGAGGAGGCGGCGGCUGUGGCCACAGAGGGCACAUCGGACCCGGGCGUCAGGAGGGCCAGGGGGCGCAAUGCCAAUACGCAGAGAGGCAGCAGGGCCUCAGAUGACAGUAAGAGGCCUCCUAAGGCCCCCACGAUCGGGGACUUCCUGGGACAGGGCAAACCCAAAGAUGGGGGUCGUGGCGGUAGGGGGCGCGGAAGGGGGCGGACCCAGAACAAAAGCUACAGUAUGCACGAUAAUCGCUGGGAGGCUGAGAAGGAGGAUGAAAGCGAGAAGGAGCAGGAGAAGGUGAAGGAGAAGGAGAGCGAGGUGAAGGAGAGGGAGAGCGAGGUAAAGGAGAAGAAGGCCCCUCCCUCCUCUACAGAUAAGGUUGAGGUAGUCGUGGAGACGGCCAGAAGUGGAGGAGCAGCGGAGGACGACGAGGACGAAUGGGAGGACGCCAGUGAAGGCGAGGAGGUAGAGGUGGAUGAAGAGGAGGAGGAGGUGGAAAGUGAGGAGGAGGAGGAUGUGGCAGAGAAGGUGGCCAUGCAGGAAAAGGAGAAGGAGAAGGCAAAGGGCAAGACUACCCCCACAUCCCCAACUGCCUCCCCCUCCCGCCCCCAGGGGGCGACAGAUGGGGCCAAGGAGCAGCGUACCCCUCGGCCAAGGGUGCAUAUACCCUCUCCCCAAAGCGCCCAGGACUCCCCAGAGUCCACCAAGCCUCUCAGCCCCUUCUCGCCCAUGGAGGGGUACCACCCAGUGUCGGACUGGGGUGAGGAGAUGGAGAUGCAGUCCCCGCGGGUCUCCCUGGGGGAAAGCCCCCUGAAGCCCAACAGUGCAGGAGCAGAGGGGAGCCCCGUUGCCCCAAAACCAGGGAGCCCCGAUACCCAAAAACCAGGGAGCCCCGCUGCCCAAAAACCAGGGAGCCCCGAUACCCAAAAACCAGGGAGCCCCGUUACCCAAAAACCAGGGAGCCCUGAUGCCCCAGAACCGGGAAGCCCCAUUACCCAAAAACCAGGGAGCCCCGAUGCCCCAGAACCAGGGAGCCCCAUUACCCAAAAACCAGGGAGCCCCGAUGCCCCAAAACCAGGGAGCCCCGUUACCCAAAAACCAGGGAGCCCCGAUGCCCCAGAACCGGGAAGCCCCAUUACCCAAAAACCAGGGAGCCCCGAUACCCCAGACCCGGGAAGCCCCAUUACCCAAAAACCAGGGAGCCCCAUUACCCAAAAACCAGGGAGCCCCGUUACCCAAAAACCAGGGAGCCCCGUCCCAGUGGAGCCCCAUUGCGAGAAGCAGACCCCCAGUCUCCCAGCUGAACAGGGGACAGAGACGAGUGAACAGACAGUCAUAGUCUCUCAGUCCCAGGAGGAGGCUGACAUCCCGGACUCUCAAUGCCAUGAUGCUGCUGCUGUGAUAGAACCAACUGAGCAGGCCCACCACUCCCCAGAGGUGGAGGAGGAACCCGUCCCUACAGGCCAGGUUGCCCUGACCGACUCAGAAGCAGCUGACGCCCCCGUGCCAUCGACGGACUCGGAUGAGAACCGGACGCCGGCCGACACAGCGACGGAGAUGGAGGUCCCGGAGCAGCCGUCCUCAGGCUGAGAGGCGGGCGGAGCGCAGUGGUAGCGGUUCACGGGCGCCGUGAAGAGCGGAGAGGAAUCGAGGCUGCGUCACUGAGGACUCGCCAGGGGCGGGCGCGUGCAGGCCAGAGGACGGGGAACCGAGACUCAAGCUUUUAUUACUCUUCAUUGCUUUCCAAAAAAGAAAAAAACAAAGCAGUGCACCCUCUGGAAAUGUAAAUUCCGAAUUUUUUUUUUUUUUGUGCUGGGAAGAUUUACAUUCAGGUCACAGUAUUUCACUGUGAAUUCGGAGGCAACUGACAGAAUUCAGAAUAUAAAUCAUCCCCCCCCCACCACCACUCUCUUCUGCGUUCCUAAAUUUGUGAAGCACGGAGGGAGAACGGCUCUGUAGGGUGCAGGCCGGACCCUCCACCACCAUCCCCCCUCCCCACACUGCUGUGACUGAAUUGCCACAAAGAGUGGUGCUCAUCACACCCCGACUCCUGAAUGUUUAUCCCCCCCACACACAAAAUGACACCCUGCUCAACAUCCCACCUCUCUCUCUUUUGAGAGUGGCAAAAAAGGGGCUGUCUCCUGAUUGUUUCAACAGAUUCCAAUUGGCAGGGCUGUGGCCAGGGCGGGGCAGUCCACCCUUUACCUAAAUUGAUUUUUUUUUUUUGUUGCCAGUUCUCUCUCUCUACUGUCACUAUAGCCUGACACCACUGGGUCCACAAGGCCUCCACUCUGCUUCUGACUUUUGUGUGCCUCUUUGUGCUGAGGAAAGAAUCACCUCUUGUCAUAGAUGGGCAACAGCCAUUUGCUACAUCUCCUUGUAUGAUCGCUCUCAGGAGUAGUGGAGAUCAUGUGGGUUCACCCAUAAGUGGUGGGGGAGGGAGGACUGGAGAGGCUAAUGUUCCCGUAAGCGCCCCCCCCCCCCCCAACAAUGCCCCAAGUCUAAAGAGACUGAUCAUUUACCAUAACCAAGAGAACACCGCAAAGAUUCGUACCGAGGGCAGCAGAAUACAUACCUCAGUAGACCAGUCUUUUGGUUGGUUUUAGAGUUUUCUUACAUUUAUUUUGCAUGUUAUGAAUAAACAUGGGGUAUGGCAGGGAAAUUAGUUCUUGUAUAACACUGAGGCCAGUGAUAUACAUGUGACAGUACUUUAAAAAGUUUAAUUAAUCAUGAGCUUGAAGAAAUGCAACAUGUAUAAUUUUUUUUAAGUGCAACUUACAUUCCAGUGUUUUAAUGUGUGAAAGCAUCUAAAAUGCUACUCUUGUUUGUCAAGCAAUGCAAUGAAAUUUUCAGGGGGGGUGGGGGUUUCUUCCCCCAUGUGUUGGGGACAGCAAAAACCAUGUGACUUUUGUGAUUGUAUUACAUGCAUUGAAUAGUCCUGCUUCCUUAUUACAGCUGUCUUCCUGCGUGAAAUGUCACCCUUUACCUGACACUUAUCAAUUUUUGGAGUGAAGUGUAAAUUACAUUUCUUCUAAAAGCAUGAACUGA